AUGGAUUCAGGAAAGGCUGGUGUUAAGCUCGUCAAGGUCAUCAAGGUUCUCGGUCGUACCGGUUAGCUACUCACAUUCUUCCUACCCUACGAUCUAUCAUCAGUUUUUAUGGCGACCUAAAUUUUGUUACCUGCUAGGUUCCCGUGGAGGUGUCACCCAGGUCCGCGUCGAGUUCAUGGACGACACUACCCGAUCUAUUAUCCGUAACGUGAAGGGGCCCGUCCGCGAAGACGACAUUCUGUGCUUGCUCGAAUCCGAGCGUGAGGCUAGGCGACUACGUUAA